AUGACCGACCUCGAGUCUACCUACCGCCAUAGCACCGUCCGAGUCGGGAACGACGUCGAUUUCUUCGCUGCUGAACUGGACCGCUACAACACCGAUCUGAGAGGCAGGUCGAACUCUGAGAAACGCGAACAAAUCUUCAAACUGCUCGAUUCCUACUACAACUAUGCACGGAACAGAGUAGACAGGUUGCAAGCAAGUCAGGCGGGAGGACGAAAUCGGGGCGCUGUUUGGCAAAGACCAGGCUCGGUGGAUAUGGAUGUGGACGAAGUUGAAGAAGGCCAUUUUUCUGUCAGCGCUGAGGAGGUGCGACGGGCAGAGGAGGAGGCACAAACCUGGGAUCUCUUACGGCGCAUACUGCCUUUCCGUUACCAAGAUUCAGAGCUCGUCGAGGAAAAGAACGGCAGGAAUCCGGUGCCCCAGUCGCGGAGAGAAUGGUGGGAGGAGUUUCUGAUCACUGACUCUGUGGCCAGAGAGAGGAAGAUCGUGUUGGAGUGGUUGCAGAACAGCGCCACUCACGGACCACCAGUCGAUGUGGUUGUCAGCGAGCUCCAGCACAACGCCGAGAGGGGCGACAUCCUGGCACAUGGCUGGCUUCAUACACGCCACAAGAUCAAGCUACAGAAGAGUGUCAAUGGGUACCAGGGUGUGCUUGACCCUAAUGCUGCCACUUCCCAAUCCCACCUUGGCUCAAAUAUUCUCGUUACCCAGCUCGAUCCAGACGCCGUCACACGCCAAGGCCGAAAGUUAGAGCCGCAGGACGAGUUCUUCGAGCGGGCCAUCUGGCUGGGAUGCUUUGAGAUGCUACGCCGGGGGUACUCCAUGUCUGAGAUACGGGACUGGUGCGCAGAGAGGACGGAACUGUGGAGAGCAGCUACAAUCGCGCCGCUGCCACUUUCAAAUCCCCAAGAUGAAGAACAAUUUGACUUUGAGCCAGGCUCGCUCGUGCUCUGGAGAAGGAUGUGCUAUGCAGCUGCUCAUGAUGGGGGAACAAGCGAAUACGAUCGGGCCGUCUAUGGACUUCUUGCUGGCGAUCUUGAGAGCGUUGACAAGGUGUGCAAAUCGUGGGAUGAUAAGCUUUUCACCCACUACAACGCUCUUCUCAGGACACAGUUCGACAUUUUCUUGAUGAAGAAGGGCGGCAAGGACUUGGUAGAGAUUGCUGCGCGUUUUCCGGCCUUCAACGCUGUUGUUUACCACGGUGAGCCGGUCACAGUUGCGAAGCGCCUCGUGGCCAGUUUGGAGAACGAUCCGAAGACUAGCAACGAGGCUCUGGGGACUUCCAAGUCGCUCCAAGCCGCCAUUGUUGCCAACGACCUGGGCCGGUAUCUAUUCCAUCAAGGUGUUGUGCUUUCCAAGAAGGCGAAUGCCAGGGCAAAGUCAAAGCUGAUCCCAGAGAUCAACUUCCCCAUUUCGGAGCACAUCAACGAAAAGAAGUACGUUGGGCUGGGCGAUUACGACGGGUUGAGGACAUUGGCUCAUGUCCUCAUCAUCGUCAACACCCUGGAUAGGCUCAGUGACUCCAAGAAAGAAAGCGGCCACAAGGCAAUUCGUCACGCCCAGGAGAACAUUCUUACCUCCUACGUCAGCUACCUUCGACUCGCCAACCUUGAGGAGCUUGUUCCCCUGUACUGCUCCAAACUCCACGAGGACCGUCUAUACGAGGUGCUAGGCAGAAAUCUCAUUCACAUUGUGGGCGAUGAACCCCGUGAGCACCAGCUGAUCAUCAUGACCAAGUUGGGAGUCGACAUAAAGGAGUUUGGUCGAAAGUUGCCCCUUAUCUACCUGAACGAUGUCAACGACAAGUCGGUUCGAUGCGAUGUAAAGGGUCACUUCAAGAUUCUGGAAGAGGGGCCGGCCACGCUGAAAUAUGGUAGAAUUGUUCGACCGGAUUUCAUCGGGGAUGACUCCAACGACAUGGAGGGAGAAAGCGAAGAACUCAUCCGCACUCUGGAGUGGCUCAUAAUGGUCCCGGGGCUGUUCUUGGAGACAUGCACCUACGCCAUCCGGGUUUACAAGUACUUCUUGAAACGGGCCGACUUGCGUGCUGCCCGCGCCCUCAGCGUCCGUGUUUCCGGGCGAUACAUCGCCAUGGAGAAGUUGACGUUCAUCACCUUUGUGGACCAAAACCAAGAUGAUGCCCACGGGUGGUUUGAUGAGGUCGCUAAUCACGAUUUCAGUGAAGCCUUCCUUCAAGAGUGUGGCGUCAGCAGAGACAGGCUUCUGAAUGUUGUCAGAAACCUAUGGGAACUUGAAUGUCUCGUCCGAGCACUGGACUCAAUGGAGACAUUGGCUUCCAUGGCUGGUCUCAGCAGAGAUCCAUCCCACCCCCCUGCGCGCGAAAUGUGGACUCAGGCCGUUAGCGACGUGCGCAAUGUUAAGAACUGUAUGCAGCCGGUGCUGAACAACUGGUUGAUGGUCAGCAAUGAAGUCGACAACGACUUUCAGGACCUCCGCGAGGCCUAUAUUCCCGAGACAGUUAUCGCAUACAUCAGCACCCUCCAUUUUGCCGGCGGCGCCGUUUCGCGCGACAACUUCAUGGAAUGCAUGGACUUGGCUGCUCUGAUUGCCGAGAAGGACUCAAACAUAGCUCAGGAGUUCAUCAAGUCUGGGAGGAUGAAGGAGCUUCUAGAGUCUUUUGCAGCAUGCAGCAAGGCGCUGGCUGUGUCUACGGCUGAGAGCAAAGGCAAGAGCAGCAAAAAACACCGCGAGCUUGGAUGGUCGAGGGAGCUUUGGUCUAUCAAGCCAUGA